GCCAUCUAUCAAGCUUCACCCGUAAUCCGUCAUCAUGGGGCCCAGUGGCGAAUCCUACAGCUUGCUCAACUUGACGCCCUCCGAUGAUGAGAAUCACAUUGGAGAGGAACACACUCGGAACGGGGGAUGGCCGGGCUCCGCCAACACUACCACUACCACCACCUUGGCUGGAAUGGAGGGGAGACAAUUGCCCGAUUUAAAUCUGCCUUUGCCCGCCAAAGCCUUAACCAUGCGGCAAAAAGUCAAGCGGAAAAUCAGGCUCAAGAAGAGACGAGACCGCAAUCAAAGCACCCAUCGAUUGGGCUCGUUGUCUUCGUCGUCAUCGUCUUCUUCGCUUCUGGCGACCUCGACCAAGUUCACGCACUCGACUUCAUCCCUGUGUUCGUCCCUCUCCACCAUGGGCAUCGGAUUUGCUAUCAUCAUGGCCUUUGUUGGAUUGACCUUCUUUGUAGCUCAACUCCAUGUCACUUUGUCCAAUUUGAGGUUGGAAAUGGAAAAAGUGUCCGAGGAUCGUCAAGCUUUCAUGGAUCGAUUUUCGGCCCUCCAAGCUACAGUCCAAGAAGUUGCUCCCGAGUCUCAGACAUCGGCCGAGAAGAUCAGUGCCCUAGAAGUCCAAUUUGCAGCCUUUUCCACUCAGGUCUCAUCGUUAAAUGAAUCACUGGUUCAAGUAGAAGCAAGCUUGAAAACGGCUCCUGAGCUGCUUGAGCUCCCCCAGCAAAUACAAGCCAUUCAAAACGAGAUGGCCAAAUUUGGCUCCCGCCUAACCGAGGUGGAGUCGAAACUCCAUUCCCCGGCAUCGCCGAAUGACGAUCAAAACCAAUGGUCUCGGUCCACAACAAAUACAGAAUUGGACCAACUUCGCAAUGAAACGUCGGCCUUGCAGGGUGCUUUGAUGAGUUUGGAGGAGCGGUUCCGCACUAUCGGCAUCAAGAUCACUUCGCAAAUGAAGAAAAACCAGGAGCGAUCGGAAAAGCUUUGGGAAAACAUGGCCAAGUUCCGCGAAGACAUCGAUGCUCUGAGAGAGCUAGUCAAGGUUGAGGCACCCUCCGAGGAGUCGAAAGUUGGUACGAGAAUAUCUGAUUCGCAAUCCCACUCUCACAACACGUCUUUGAUUUCGUGAGGAGACUUGAGGUCCAAUUAGCGGAUUUAUCACCGACGAGUCAAACACACUUGGGCAUUUCCUAUACACCACUACAAAUGGCAUUGAAUAUUCUGUGAUAUUCAUUCAAAUAAUCUUAUUCAAACCUUAGCAUCAACGAUCAUAGAGUGUGAUUCCAAAUGAUUAAAAAACCAACAUUAA